ACAAAUGGACACUACAUAAUUGUGUCUUCCAAUAUAAAUAUAUAAGAGAGGGAAGUGAGGGAAUAAGUGGAAGUGGAGCAACAAUUUGAAAUAAAAAUUGCUUUGCUCAAUGGGAAUCCCCACAGCUUCCUCUUCAAAGUCUCUUUACUUGUGUUCUUUGGUUCUAGCAAGUUUAGUUCUGUUUUGUUUAGCUGGGGAAGGAGAUGCAGCUGUUGAUAGGAAACACAUUGUUGCAGAUGCUCAUGAGUUUCAUAACGUCGAAUUCGGAUCUCUGCUGCCAGAGUCUGUUUGCUCUUCACAAGAGCCAGCACUAUCACCAUCAUCACUCAAAGUAGUGCACAGACAUGGAGCAUGCCACAAAUCCACCCAAACGAUAAAGGAAUCUCCAUCAGCAUCGCAGAUCCUGGCUCAAGAUGAGUCCAGAGUCCGCUCAAUCAACUCGAGAGCUGCAUUUGACGCGACAAAAGACGCGUUCAGAUCCUCCAAAGCAGCCAGCAUCCCAGCCAAAUCAGGCUCAUCAUUAGGCGCAGGCAACUACAUAGUCACCGUUGGUCUUGGAUCGCCUAAAAAAGAGCUCAAUCUAAUCUUCGACACUGGCAGCGACCUGACAUGGACACAAUGCGAGCCCUGUGUUGGAUCAUGCUACAAUCAAGCAGAUCCAAUCUUCAAUCCUUCGCUAUCCACUGCUUACGCGAAUGUCUCCUGCCAUACGCCUUAUUGCAAUCAACUCAGCUCUGCCACUGGAAACAGUCCAGGCUGCCGCGGAUCCACCUGCAUAUACGCGAUCCAGUACGGUGAUCAAUCAUUUUCAAUAGGAUACUUUGCAAAAGACACCUUGACAUUGUCUCCAACUGAGGUCAUCAACAAUUUUUACUUUGGAUGUGGCGAAAACAAUCAAGGUCUAUUUGGCCAAACCGCUGGACUAAUUGGACUCGCUAGAGAUAAACUUUCAAUUGUCUCCCAAACAUCAGCCAAAUACGGCCAAGUGUUCUCCUAUUGUCUACCAUCCAGAUCCAGUGGAGCUGGUUACUUAACAUUCGGGAAAUCAGGCCUUUCAAAAGCUAUCCAAUACAUUCCAUUCGGUAACUCAAAAGGCACCACAUUUUACUCCAUCGACAUUCUUGGCCUCUAUGUUGGCGGCAGAAGAGUUUCCAUCAGUCCAACUGUGUUCUCCACUGCAGGAUCGAUCAUAGACUCUGGCACCGUCAUCACACGCUUGCCACCUGCGGCUUACACAGCGUUACGUGACACUUUCCGCAAACUAAUGUCAAGUUAUCCAGUCGGAAAGCCAAUUUCGAUACUCGAUACAUGCUACGACUUCAGUAAAUACACAACAGUGAAAAUUCCAACAAUCAGUUUUCUCUUCAGCGGAAACAAAAAGGUGAAUAUUGACAGUAGCGGAAUUUUGUACGUCGUCAGUGCGUCACAAACUUGUUUAGCUUUUGCGCCAAACAGCGAUCCAUCUGACCUGGCAAUAUUCGGAAAUGUUCAGCAGAAGACGCUACAAGUUGUGUACGACGUGGGAGCAGGAAAACUAGGGUUUGGGCCACAAGGGUGUGCUUAAUUAUAUCAACUAUGUUACCAAGAUUUGUGGUGUUGAUAAAUGUAUUGAAAAUUGAUGAACAGCUUUAGGUCAUUGAAAGGAAUGAUUUUAGGCUAUGGAAUAACAGAAUUGUGACAAAGAUUUCAAGCAACAAAAGUAUAGUGUGCCUGUAAAAUCAAGUACAUAAGUGUAUAAAUUUUUUUUUUAUA